CCACGGUAGCAAUCCCCAUCCCCCGCAGUUGCGAGAGCCUGUGCAGGAAAUGCAGUUGCGGACGAGAUUUGUGUGCGGAGAUUCGAGAAGUGAGCGCAAUGGCGUCUGCGUUGCAUCUGCCCUUAGGUGCUGCGGCGUCGGUGUUUAGUUGGCGAGACUCGUCGACGUUUUUGGGUGGUGUUGGGGGCUUGGCAAUGCCCGUGGCUGCUGCACCUGGGUUGUUGUGCCGGCGCAAUGGGAACCUCGUGGUGGAAUCGAAGAUCCGAGAGAUUUUCAUGCCGGCGCUGAGCUCGACUAUGACGGAGGGCAAGAUUGUGUCGUGGGUUAAAAACGAGGGCGACAAGCUGAGCAAAGGUGAAAGCGUGGUGGUCGUGGAAUCGGACAAGGCUGAUAUGGACGUGGAGACAUUCUACGAUGGAUUCUUGGCGAAAAUUGUGAUUACGGAAGGCGAAACCGCACCCGUGGGAGCCGCAAUUGGGCUGCUUGCGGAGACCGAGGAGGAGAUUGCUGAAGCGAAGGCGAAGGCACAGGCAACAACACCUGUAGCCGCUCAACCCUCACCUGUAGAAGAAAAGGUUCUUUCCCCUCCCACUCCUGUUGCUACCCCUGCCCCUGUCGUGGCUGUCCAGGUCCCCACGGAGCCCGUUGCUCCUACAGCACCCAGAUCGGGCAGAAUUAUUGCCACGCCCUAUGCGAAGAAGCUUGCAAAGCAGUACAGCGUAGAUCUUGCCAGUGUAGCAGGCUCUGGACCUGGUGGUCGUGUCACACCUGCGGAUGUGGAGGCUGCGGCUGGCAAGACUCCUGCCCCUAUCGCCUCACCUGUGGUGCAAGCUUCGGCUGCGGGUGCGGCUGCGGCAGCUCCUGCUCCCACGGCUGCUUCUGCUCAAGAAUCUUCUCCAGCUCCUUUUGGUUCUGUUGCAUUUACAUCAAUGCAGGUUGGCGUUGCCCGCAACAUGGUGGAGAGUUUGUCCGUUCCUGUAUUCCGUGUUGGGUACACUGUUACCACUGACGCGCUUGAUGCCCUGUACAAGAAGAUCAAGUCGAAGGGUGUGACGAUGACAGCUCUAUUAGCCAAGGCGUGUGCUCUUGCUUUGGAGAAGCACCCCGUUGUGAAUGCCAGCUGCAAGGAUGGGAAAAGCUUCACCUACAACGAAGACAUCAACAUUGCUGUCGCCGUUGCCAUGGACGGUGGUCUGCUCACGCCAGUUCUGAAAAAUCCCAACAAGGUCGAGAUCUAUUCAUUGUCUCGCUCCUGGAAGGACCUUGUCGACAAGGCUCGCGCAAAGCAACUUUCGCCAGCUGAAUAUAGCUCUGGCACGUUUGUUUUGUCGAACCUUGGAAUGUUCAAUGUCGACCGAUUUGAUGCCAUUCUGCCCCCUGGAGUAGGUGCGAUUAUGGCAGUCGGAGCAUCUACUCCCACGGUUGUUGCCACUGGAGAUGGCCUGUUCAGUGUGAAGAAUAGGAUGACGGUGAAUGUUACCGCAGACCACAGAAUCAUCUAUGGCGGUGACCUAGCUGUGUUUUUGCAAACCUUUGCAGCUAUCAUUGAAGACCCCAAGGAUCUGACAUUGUGAUUCUGGUAAAGAAACUUUGGCUCCCUGAUAUACCAGGAGCUGCUGACCCGCACAAUAAUUGUGUAAUUUACUAGUGAGUGUGCUUCACGUUAAAAUCCAGGCUGAAACUCAAAACUUCAUAGAACAGGUUAGGUUGGUAGAUCAUUAAAUUUCUACGGCAGAGCAGCAUCUGAAAAUUGUUAUUGAAAUUGGUCAGUUCAGAACAGGCCAGACUACGGAACGAGUAAUAAUGUAGUCCACGAGGUAUGAUUUGCAUGCAGACCAACGAGGAUUGAUUGAUUGAUUUUUUAUUUAUUUAUUUAUUUAUUUUUCCAUAUUUUCA